AUGCUUUUUUCUUCGUCUUUGUGCUGUUUAAUGAAAAACCGGAUUCCUUUCUAUGUGCAGAUACCCGAUUGCCUUGCUUACAUGUCAACUUUCGUCUUCUGCCACAUAUUUGCCUUCAAACUUUCGUGGAGACUUACACUGGCAGUUAUGCCGCUCUCAAUCAUGUUCAUAGCUCCAGGACUUGUGUUUGGGAAUAUGAUGAUGGGCCUGGUAAUGAAGAUGAUUGGAUCUUAUGGAGUUGCUGGUGGGAUUGCAGAACAAGCAAUUUCUUCAAUAAGAACUGUGUAUUCUUACGUGGGAGAGUGUCAUACACUAGACAGAUUCAGCCGUGCACUUCAGGAAUCUUCGGAAUUUGGGAUAAAACUAGGCUUUGUAAAAGGAUUGCUGCUGGGGAGCAUGGGAAUUAUAUAUAUAGGUUGGGGUUUUCAGGCUUGGGUUGGGAUUUAUUUGAUUUCUGAAAAAAAUGAACAAGGUGGGCAUGUCUUGAUAGCUGGGUUCAAUGUACUCAUGGGCGGCUUGAGUAUUUUGAGUGCCCUCCCAAAUCUAACUGGGAUUACAGAGGCAAUGACUGCUGCCUCCCGGAUCUCCGAGAUGAUUGGACGGGUUCCUACCAUAGACUCUGAAGAUAAAAAGGGGAAGGCUUUAUCACAUGUGAGAGGCGAGAUUGAAUUCAAAGACAUAUAUUUUAGUUAUCCAUCAAGACCUGAUAUGCGGAUCUUAGAAGACUUCAAUCUGAAGGUUCCAGCAGGUAAAAGAGUAGGCCUUGUUGGGGGCAGCGGUUCUGGGAAGUCCACAGUCAUUGCACUGCUUCAAAGAUUUUACGACCCAAUUGAAGGAGAUGUAAUCCUGGAUGGAUACAAAAUAAGAAGACUUCAGCUGAAAUGGUUGAGAUCCCAACUUGGUCUUGUGAAUCAAGAACCUGUUCUAUUUGCAACAUCCAUUAAAGAGAAUAUCCUAUUUGGGAAAGAAGGAGCCUCAAUGGACACAGUCAUAAAUGCAGCCAAAGCAGCAAAUGCACAUGAUUUCAUCACUAAGUUACCUGAUGGAUAUGAAACUCAAGUUGGGCAAUUUGGAUUCCAAUUAUCUGGAGGCCAAAAGCAACGGAUUGCCAUAGCCAGAGCCCUACUCAGGGACCCAAAAAUCCUGCUGCUCGAUGAAGCCACUAGUGCUCUGGAUGCACAGUCUGAAAGGACGGUGCAGGAGGCAAUUGAUCAGGCUUCAAAAGGGAGGACAACAAUCAUCAUUGCCCAUCGCCUGUCAACGAUCAGGACAGCAAACUUGAUUGUGGUUCUACAAGCUGGCAGAGUGGUUGAGUCAGGUUCACACAAUGAGCUGAUGCAAAUGAAUGAUGGACAAGGUGGGGAAUAUUCCAAGAUGGUUGAGUUGCAGCAGGUGGCAAUGCAAAAUGAAGUUCCCAACACUCCCAGUACUCCAGUAAAAGGAAGAAGCCACCACAGAAUGAGCAUUCCCCCAAGCCCAAUCAGUGUGAGGUCAAGCACUCACAGCAGUCCAAUGUUAUAUCCCUUCAGCCAGGCAUUUUCCAUGGGCACACCCUAUUCCUACUCUGUCCAAUAUGACUCUGACGAUGAUAGUGAUCAAGAGUAUUUAAAGAAAUCUAGCUAUGCCCCUCCUUCCCAGUGGCGUUUACUGAAAAUGAACACUCCUGAGUGGGGAAAAGCUGUGUUUGGUUGCCUGGGAGCCUUGGGUUCGGGAGCAGUACAACCCAUAAAUGCUUAUUGUGUGGGAUUACUUGUAUCCUACUAUUUCCUCCCGGAAUCCGAAAUGAAGUCUAAAUCCAGAGUCUUAUCCCUCGUUUUCUUGGGUAUUGGUGUUUUCAACUUUUUCACCAAUAUCCUCCAACACUACAACUUUGCAAUUAUGGGUGAAAUGUUGACAAAAAGGGUACGGGAGAAUCUUCUCAAAAAACUGAUGACCUUUGAGAUUGGGUGGUUUGAUCAAGAAGACAACACAAGUGCAGCCAUAUGUGCAAGGUUAGCCACUGAAGCCAGCAUGGUCCGGUCCCUUGUCGGGGACCGGAUGUCAUUGCUGGUUCAAGCAAUUUUUGGGGCUACUUUCGCUUACAUACUAAGUCUUGUGCUCACAUGGAGGCUAUCCCUCGUAAUGAUUUCGGUGCAGCCACUAGUCAUUGGGAGUUUUUAUGCAAGGAGUGUUUUGAUGAAGAAUAUGUCUGAGAAAGCCCGAAAAGCACAGAAGGAAGGAAGCCAACUAGCAAGCGAAGCAGUCAUUAAUCACAGAACUAUAACUGCUUUCUCUUCUCAGAAAAGAAUAUUGGGGCUCUAUGGUGCAACCUUAAUAGGUCCUAGGAAGGCUAGUGUAAAACAGUCCUGGGUUUCGGGCUUUGGCCUGUUUAGCUCCCAAUUUUUUAACACAGCUUCAACAGCUUUAGCUUUCUGGUAUGGUGGGAGGCUCCUGACGAAAGGAGAAGUAGGACCAAAGCAACUUUUUCAAACAUUUUUUAUUUUGCUAUUCACUGCUUAUAUUAUAGCUGAAGCUGGGAGCAUGACUAACGAUUUAUCUAAAGGAAGCAGUGCCAUUCAAUCACUUUUGACUAUUCUUGACCGGAGAAGUGAGAUUGAUCCAGACAGCAAAUGGGGGAUGGAGAUUAAAAGGAAAAUAAAGGGACGGAUUGAGCUUAAAAAUGUUUACUUUUCAUAUCCAACAAGACCUGAACAGAUGAUCUUCAAGGGCCUGAGCCUUAAGAUUGAGGCAGGGAGAACAGUGGCACUCGUAGGGCAAAGUGGUUCUGGCAAAUCUACAAUUAUCGGGCUUAUUGAGAGGUUUUAUGAUCCUGUAAAGGGAUCUCUUCAUAUAGAUGAUCAGGAAAUUAAGAACUAUAAUUUGAGAAUGUUGAGGUCACAUAUAGCAUUAGUCAGUCAGGAGCCAACUCUUUUUGCUGGAACCAUACGCGAAAACAUUGUCUAUGGGAAAGUGAAUGCGACAGAGUCUGAGAUAAGAAAAGCUGCAGUUCUUGCCAAUGCUCAUGAAUUUAUAAGUGGCAUGAAUGAUGGGUAUGAUACAAACUGUGGAGAAAGAGGAGCUCAGCUAUCAGGAGGCCAGAAGCAAAGGAUAGCACUAGCUCGUGCAAUACUAAAGAACCCUGCAAUCCUUCUAUUGGAUGAAGCUACGAGUGCACUUGAUAGUGUGUCGGAAAACCUAGUUCAAGAAGCGCUUGAGAAAAUGAUGGUUGGAAGGACGUGUGUGGUUGUUGCUCAUCGGUUGUCUACUAUACAGAAAGCCAACACAAUUGCUGUCAUCAAGAAUGGAAAGGUUGCGGAACAAGGGUCUCAUAACGAACUCAUUUCCUUGGGUCAUGGUGGAGCAUACUACUCUCUCAUAAAACUACAAGGCCGCAGUUCGGGAUGAACAAGGUUCCAACCUCUUUUAAAUAUAUAUAUAUAUAUAUAUAUAUAUAUAUAAAAGUUGUUCAUAUAAGUUUUGUGAUUAUUUGUGAUUGGGAAGGAUUCAGGCUGUACUUUGUUUCAAUUACCGUGUUAAACGGAUUAUCUUCAGGUUUGAUACACUGCUUCCAUAACAAGGUCUUUUUUUUUUUUUUUUUUUGGUGAAAUUAACCAGAUCUAUACCUUCACAUUCCUCGAAAUAAUCAGAAGUCAUAGUAAGUUAAGCAAAGC